GAGAUAUUGGGCCCUGACCGGCCCAUGACGCGGGCUUUGGGGUUUAUGACUGACGUCAGCCGCACCCGUCCACCAUGGAUCGGCUCAAAUCGGCGGUGCCGGCCGAGCUCCGGCGGGCCGUCGGCGAGGGCACGGCCGCCGACCUCCCCGUCACCACCUCCCGCCUGCUCGCCUUCUUCGACGGCCUCCCUCUCUUCCACCAGGUCAUGCGAGAGCUCACGGACCCGGAACUCGCGCUGUGCCGCAAGGACAAGGGGAGGGCAGCCGAGUUGAAGGCCCGGGGCAACGUGUGCUUCUCCAGGAGGGAGUUUGGGGAGGCGCUGGGCUUCUACUCGCAGGCAUUGCGUUCUGUCCCGAUUAGUUCGGAUGGCAUGGAUGUGAACUUGGUAGCUGCAAUAUAUGUCAACCGUGCCUCUACCAUGCAUAAAUUGGGCCUUUUGGAAGAGUGUCUACGGGAUUGCAACAGGGCCCUUGCUGUUUCACCCCAUUAUGCCAAGGCAUGGUACCGGAGGGGAAUGGUAAAUGCAUCGUUGAUGAAUUAUUCAUCUGCCAUACAUGAUUUAGAGGUUGCAUUGAGCAUGGAGGUGACUUCUUCUGGAAAUAAUAACAUAGAACAAGAGCUGAAGUUAAUUUUACAAAAGCAAGGAAAUGUGAUCGAAGUUGGAACAUCAAAUGGUGAUUGCAAGGAUGCAGAAUUUCCACAUACAGGGCAACCACAUAAGGUUGUUCUAGAGUGUAUCUCAACACCCGACAAAGGUAGAGGAAUGUCUUCUCCAAAUGAUAUUUCCCCAGCUUCAUUGAUUCAUGUUGAGGAGCCACUUGCUGCGGUUAUAAUGAAAUCUUGCCGCGAGACUCACUGCCACUUCUGCUUUAGUGAAGCUCCUGCAGAUAUUGUAUUCUGUCCUUUGUGUACAUUUCCAAUUUACUGUUCAAAAAGGUGUCAGGAGCAAGCUGUAGGACAAAUUUCGUGGAACCAAGAUAAUUGUCUUGAAUUGAACAACAAUUCAAUGAGUCUUGCUAAAUUGAGCAUAACUUCUACAAGUUUCAAGUCUCCAAGCUCUAAAGAGAUUUCCGAACAUAGGCAUGAGUGUGGAGGAGCUCAUUGGGCAGCUGUUUUACCAGUUCAUAUAGUUUUAGCUGGGCGAGUUAUGUCGCAAUACAUAGAGAAUAGGAUACUGGCUGGAAAAGACUCUGCUAUGUCUCGUCCAGAUUUGGAUCUAGUUCACCACUAUGAUCAAGAUUCUCCAGCUAGCAAGUUGGAGGCCCACAUAUAUGCCAUUGUCCUGUUACUUUGCCUCCAAAACUAUUAUAGAUCAGGCCUUUCAUGGACAAAGGAGACUUUAUCCCAGCUGGUUGUUUUGAUAUUUCAAAUUAAAGUCAAUUCAAUUGCUAUUGUUCGUAUGAAAUCCAUGGAUGGAGGCCAGGAACUAAAAGUGAAUGGCGAGCUUUCUGCAGCUGAUGGUACAGCUAUGUGUAAUGUGGAGCAGGUCAGGGUUGCUCAAGCUAUUUACAUAUCUGGUAGCCUUUUCAAUCACUCAUGCCAACCCAAUGUACAUGCAUAUUUUCUUUCACGCACUCUCCUCCUACAAUCUACAGAGUUUAUAAAAUCUGGGAGCCCAAUCGAGCUGUCAUAUGGUCCACAGGUUGGUGAGAUGGAACUUCCAGAUAGACAAAAGUUACUUCGGGAGAAUUACUACUUUACUUGUCAGUGUUCAAGUUGUUCAGAGCUAAAUCUAUCAGACCUUGUCGUGAAUUCAUUUUGUUGUCCACAAAGUAACUGUCUUGGUGCUGUAUCAGAAUCAACUUACUACAGUUGCAAAGAUAAUUUUGUGGAUGUUUCCCAAAGAGAAUCUCAUGUCUGCAAACUAUCAUUGCCUGAUGUAUCCAAGGUUGAUGAGGAUAUGGAGAAGGUAGGGAAAUCUUUUUUUAGAAAUAGUGGUGUCAGUUUGAACGUAGAUCCUGGACGUUGCAUGAGUUGUAGGUCCCAUCUUGACAUGUGUACUGCUGUUGCUACAUCACACAGGGCAACAUCAAAUAUUGAUAGGUUGAAGGAACUUACAGUUGUAGACAAAAUUCUCAUCAGAGAGGCAUUACAAUCCCUAAAACAACUCAAGAAGUUGAGGCACCCAUAUAGCAAGGCUCUUGCCCAGGCCGAAGACACAAUCGCAGAGGCCUUUGCAAAGGUAGGUGACCAAGAACAAGCAAGAAAGCACUGUGAAGCAUCAAUCGAGAUCCUCGAGAGGUUGUACCACCCAAAGCACAUCAUCAUCGCGCACGAGCUAAUCAAGCUUGUUUCAGUUCUGCUGUCUCUGGGAGACAGGGCAAGCGCAGCAGCUGCGUUCGUCCGAGCAGAGGAGAUAUUCUCGCUUUACUACGGGUCUCAUGUGAAGAAAAUUUUGCCCUACCUUGAUUCCCUGAAAAGAGCUGUUAGGGGCAGGUCUGUCGGAGCAUGCUGACUAUCUCAGAGGGCAGAGGCAGACGAUGCUCACAUCUCUGCGGAAUCGCUGCGUGCGCCUGUUUGCGAACCAAGAAUGUAGUAACGCUUAUCAAGCGGUGUACAAUAUUUGUUUGCGGCUGUUUUAGUUUGAUUUCUCGAUGGACAAAUCUAGAAACCCAUUACUUUACAAAUCUCGUCGAUGUCAAUCUUUUCAUUUGUUUAUGGCUCUUCUGAAUUUUCUUGA